AUGCUCGCUACGGACAACCAUAUUGGCUAUGGCGAAAAGGACCCCAUUCGCGGCCAGGACGCGAUCAACACCUUUCGCGAGAUUCUCGAGCUCGCUCGCGACCAUGACGUCGACUUUAUCCUUCUUGCUGGCGACCUGUUCCACGAGAACCGCCCCAGUCGCACAUGCAUGCACCAGACCAUUGCCCUUCUCCGCGAGUUUACUCUGGGAGACAAGCCCAUCCCGUUCGAGCUCCUCAGCGACCCCAUGGACGGUGCCACACCGGGCUAUUCGUUCCCUGCUGUAAACUACGAGGACCCCAACUUGAACAUUGCCAUUCCCGUCUUUUCCAUCCACGGAAACCACGAUGACCCCCAGGGUACAGGUCCGGAAGGAGCGCUGUGCGCCCUCGACGUGCUUUCCGUCUCUGGCAUGCUCAACUACUUUGGCAAGGUGGACCUUUCCUCUGAUGAGGCGAACGAGGGAGAAGACGACGGCAUCAAGAUUCGUCCCAUCCUUCUCCGCAAGGGCACGACGCACCUUGCCAUGUACGGCGUCGGCAACGUGAGGGACAUGCGCAUGCACUACGAGCUGCGCUCCAACCGCGUCAAGAUGUUCAUGCCCGAAGGAGGCGAAGUCGCGGAGAAUGACUGGUUCAACAUGCUUCUCGUCCACCAGAACCGCGUCAAGCACGGUCCUCAGCAGUCUGUCCCCGAGGGCAUGUUUGACGACUCGAUCAAGCUGGUCGUCUGGGGUCACGAGCACGACUGCCGCAUCUGGCCCGAGCCGGUCGAGGGCAAGCCCUACUUUAUCACACAGCCCGGCAGCUCUGUUGCCACGAGUCUGCACCCCGGCGAGGCGUUGCCAAAAAACGUUGGUAUCCUCUCGAUUCAAGGCGACAAGUUCCAGAUUGAAGAAAUCCUCCUCAAGACCGUCCGUCCCUUUGAGCUCGACGAGGUUAUCCUCGAGGACGAGGCUGCGAACGCCGACAACGACAUCGAUCUUGAGGACAAGGACACCAUCUCGGCGUUCUUGCGCCAAAGGGUCGAGGAGCUCAUCGCCACGGCCCAGAACAAGUGGGAGGAGGGCCACGACCCCGAGACGGAGGAGAUGAUGCUGCCGUUGAUUCGUCUCAAGGUCGAGACCUCGGCAGCCAAGGAGAUGACCAACCCUAUUCGAUUUGGUCAAGACUUCAUAAACCGCGUCGCCAACCACAAGGACAUAUUGCAGUACUACCGCAAAAAGAAGGGCGUGAGGAAGACCGCCAACCUCCCCGACCAACCCGACUUUGACGAUGAGGACGACGAAGGCGGCACGACGCGCGACCGCCAGUCCCAGAUCCACAUGGGCACUCUUGUCAAGCAGUAUCUCCUUGCGCAGAACCUCGAGGUUCUCAAAUCGGACGACCUCGAAUACGCUGUCAUGCGCUUUAUCGACAAGGAUGACAAGGAUGCGAUCAAGGACUUUGUCGAUGACGCACUCAAGGGGCUUGGGAAGGGCAUGAAGAACGUUGAAGGCGAGGUGGACGAGACGAAUGUGGACGAGGUUAUCGCGCAAGUCAGAGAAGCCCAGGUGGAGUCAUACGCCUCGCAGGCCGUCACGUCCAAGUCCACAAAGUCCACAAAGCGUGGCAAGAAGGUCCAGGAUUCCGACGACUCGAUGGUUGCCGAGGACAGCAUGAUGGAGCAAGACUCUGACGAGCCCGAGCCAGUUCCCGCUCGCCGUGGCAAGGCAGCGGCCACCACCAAGUCGCGUGCUGCUGCCACCACCAAGGGCAAGGGACGCCAACCUCUGUUCACGCCGGCCUCUGAGAAUGAUUCUGACGACUCGGACGUCAUGUCCGUCAGCCCACCGCCCAAGUCCAAGGCAAAGGCACCGGCUCGUGGAGCCGCUCCGAAGCGCGGCGCUGCUCGUGGAACUACGAUAAAGAAAGCGGCGACCCCACGCACGACCAAAGCCGCGGCCUCGUCGUCGCGCCAAAGCCAGCUCAACUUCUCCAAAGCGCGAGGCUCCAAGCUGGUUGACAGCGACUCGGACUGA